GUAGAGUAAGACAGCAACAACCAAGCAUAAUCAUGGGCUGGAUGUUACAUACAUGUCUAAUAAAGUGCCAGCGCCAAAGGUGGCGUCAACUGCGUCAGUGGAGUAAAACACAAAUUGGCCAAGACCGGUGCUACCUUCCAUACGUCUACCAUUCUGUAUACAACUGGCUUUCAAAUUCACAAGGCUUUUCGAUGCCGGAUUGACCGGUCUCGUACUGCGUCACGGAAAGUGCGCGCAUAUAUCCUGGCGAGUCUGCUCGAGCCUGAACACCAAAUAGUCGACAUACACUAAGACCUUCAGUUUCAGCAGUUUCGGCGCGACAACGGUAGCUCACAGGGAACCUAACCACUGCAACACUCGCGUGAACUCUGCCCGCCCUUGCACUUAUACUACCAUGGAGAUGACCACGACCAAGGCCUCGGCACUGGUUGCUGAUAGGCGCGCGGUCUGCAGGUCUGUCGCCAGCUUCGCCCGCCCCGCGCGCCGCACCGCCACCCAUGUUGUCAAGUUCAAGGAGAUUGGCAAGCAGGCGACCAGCCACCAGGCCACCACCGCCAAGCUGCUGUCCCGCCGCGGCUAUGCUGCCACCGAACCCAAUAAGCCGCUGAGCCCCUUCACCCACUCGGUGGGCGAGCUGGGACCCAGUGAGAUCGAUAUCAAGGUCACCCACAACGGCCUGUGCCACACGGACAUCCACAUGGCCAUCAACGACUGGGGCGUGUCCGCCUUCCCCUUCGUGCCCGGCCACGAGGUGGUGGGCAUCGUGGCCGCCACUGGCCGUGACGUCACCGGCCUCCGCGCCGGCGACCGCGUGGGAGUGGGCUGGAUCUCCAACAGCUGCCGCUGCUGCAGCAACUGCAUCCGCGGUAACGACAACCUGUGCGAGAAGGGCUACACCGGCCUCUGCAUGUUUGGCCAGCACGGCGGCUUCCAGGAGACCUGCCGCGUGCAGGCCGACUUCGCGCACAAGAUCCCGGACGGCCUGGACUCCGCCUCCGCCGCGCCGCUGCUGUGCGCCGGCAUCACCGUGUACGCGCCGCUGCGCGCGCACGUCACGCGCCCCAACAUGUCUGUGGCGGUCAUGGGCGUGGGCGGCCUUGGCCACCUGGCGUUGCAGUACGCGCGCAAGAUGGGCGCUGAGGUCACCGCCAUCUCCGGCCGCCCCGAGAAGGAGAAGGAGUGCCGCGAGUUCGGCGCGCACAACUUCAUGAUCUGGAACAAGGACAACGCGGCCUACAAGAGCAAGUUCGACAUCAUCAUUAACACCGCCAGCUCGGACGUGUCAACCACCGAGCUCAUGGCCCUGCUCAAGGUCGACGGCUCGCUGGUGCAGGUGGGCAUCCCCGGCGGCGGCGCCUCCAUGACCGUCAACUUGCAGGACCUGGUGUUCAACCAGAAGAAGGUCGUUGGCUCCAUCGUGGGCGGUCGCGCCGACAUGAAGGAGAUGCUGGAGUUCUCGGCCGUACACGGCGUCAAGCCGCUGGUGGAGACCAUGCCGCUCAGCAAGGUGAACGAGGCUAUGCAGCACGUGCUGUCCGGCAAGGCCCGCUACCGCGUGGUGCUGACCAGCGACUGGGAGUAAAGCGGCAGUAGCAGCAGCUGGAGCGGUGGCGGCAGUAGCAGCGGCUGCAACGGUGGCGGCAGUAGCAGCGGCUGCAACGGUGGCGGCAGUAGCAGCAGCUGCCGGCUUUACGGCAUUCCAUACAUCCGGGGCGCGCUUCCUAAUGACAUGGUCAUGUUGGGCUGUUCAAUGCUUCACCCUGCUGAAUGCUCCUCUUGAGUGCUUUGAGCUUGAUGCGAUCGAGCAGUUGGCGUACGUUUGGUAGUUGGAAGAUGGUGGAGGCGGUGAUGUGGGUUGCAGGGGUGCAGGUAGCGAUUCUUUCGUAUCUCACCGCGCUUUGCACGCGUUUUAUCAUUCAGGCCCACAUGGUGCCCGCGUGCGAUCGCGCUGUUAAAGCGCGUCUUAGCAGGCAUGCGUGCAUUGCCGUGCCAACGCCAAAGCCUCCAUGUCUGAUUUUAUCCAGUAGAAUUAUGCAUCCAUGAGCAAGCUCAUCAUCUGGGUAUUCUUACAUUCACGGCCCACCUAGGUGCACCUUGCAUGUCUGGCGGUAUGUACACUAAAGCUGUGUGGGUCCCCUGGGGCAAAUGUUGACCCGGCGCGUCGUGCAGUCCUGACACGUGGACGCACGCACACUCACUCGAUGGGUGCUGCCUGAGAUAAUCUAAUGUGGUUGUAACCACUGCAUUCCUGAGGUGCCUUGACCCAGUUAUCAGCGCAUUAAGGGCUUUACCGGGCACGUCAGGCCUGCUCGGGACCGGCGCGUAGGUCGUACGUUGCGGCGGUUGCCCUUGCACACCUGCUUCCGGGCGUUGCUCUGGUGGCUGCAGCAACGCCUGGAGGCUGGGCAGGGGAAGGAGCACAGAUGUGACAUGAGGAGGAGGCGAAGGGGCAGGGAAACGAGGAGGCGAAGGGGAAGGGGAAGAAGCACGCGCACGUACUGUAUGCGGUCGGGCGCCGCAGAGCCGGGCGAGGCAGAGGGAGCUGGAGCAGUGGCACGUGCCAGCGAUAAGGAUUGGGGAGAAAUAAUGUUGUACGAAGUCGGUGUGAGCGGCAGUGAGGACAAGUACGGUAUGAGUUGGAUCAGUGGCUGCAAGGCACCUUCAUUGCAGCACCGGUGCUGCCGCACGCCACGACAGCCUCUGCAGCUGACGCCCUUUACUCCACACUCUUAUCUCUUAUAUUAAUUGGGCUGCAACGCUAAGCAGGUUGCGCCCAGGGCGGUCGGCGCAGCGUCACAGAAGCUGGUGAUGGGGGUUGUAAGUACUUGCCCAAGCGAAAUGAACCCAACCACGCUGAACUAGCGGAGCACAGGGGGGGGGUCACCUGCAGCCGCGAGGGCAGAACCCGAGCGCGUGGAGGGAGUGACGGCAGCUCGUGAGGAGCAUGCGCUCAAACGGGAAUUUGAGGCGAGGGGCGGUGAGCCGAAGGCAAUGGACUUCGUCGAGGACUCGGAAUGGCAGAAUGAGUACAGCGCACAUGCUACUGCCGUGGAGGUGUUUAGCGGCGGGCUGCCGUACUGAUGCCGGCCGGCUGCAAACGUGUUUGUGUUGCAUGCGCCCGUCAUGGGGCGGCGGCAUGAGCGAGCCCACCCUACCUGGUGCUUGAACGUUGCGUGAAGCCUGGUGCCAAUCAAUUUCAUUGACAUGCAAGUCUCACGAUGGGUACGUAUUUGGUUCCUUGCCGCGACUGUAUGACCACCUAU